CAGAGUUACAGAGCACCCCGAACAUCCUAAGGGGUGAAAAUGGAAACUCCUCUUUCCCAUCAGUCUAUAGCAGUUCGUCUUCGAUCAAUAAUGAUGCUAUAAGUUUCAAAACAUAAUGGAGAAAGAUUUACCCAAUAUUGUUACCGGUGAAGAAAAUGUUGACGAGCUUCGUCAACGGCUCAAUGUCAUGAAGAAAAUGAUGGCUGAACGACAAUACUUAGAUCAGUCAACAGACCAAAGGAAGUCAAACGGUGGUGUUAUAGAUGGAAGCUUCCUAAGUGUGGUCUUUGGAACAGCAUUGGUGGUCAUAAUAACAGUCAGCAUAUAUGCUUUCUACAAUCUCUACGUAGCGAUACUGAAGAAAUUCCCUUCCAGGCAUGAGGAACUGUAGACACUAUCUAUCAUCCUUCUUUCGAACUGACUACUAUAUAUUUUUCAAUCUUAUAUAACCUUCCAUUCUAUUAAAUGCAGAUAAGAAUUUAA